CGGCCGCGGGGCUGCGGCUCCCCAGCCCCGCCAGCUGGAGCUCUCGGAGGUAGAGGAAAGGUCUUGACUGGGUGGCUGAAUCCGUGGCAGCCUCGAGUCUCCUACGUGGCUCCCCGGAGCCCUGAGACCAAGCGAGCAGUUUGCUUGAUCCCGGUUCGCGGACAAGUGGGUGUGUCAGGGCCGUUCCCAGAGGGCCGGGGCUCCUUCGCUUGGUCAAACCCUAGACUCGUUUACUGGGGCCUGGGCCACUUGAGGCAAAACCCGCCUUGAAAGCUACGUCAGCCUAAUCCCGUUCCAGAUUCUAGACUUGAGGGUUCUGGGCCGUCGGUCUGUAGAAGCGAAGGAGAGAAGGACUCAAAUCCAGGCCAAGUGUAUGGCUGUCUGAGGUACUGGAACAGAAGGAGGUCCAUUCCUGUUGGUGACAACACCGUGGCCCUGUUCUGGGAUGAGCGAGGUGUAAAGCAUCCCCACCCAUGCAACUCACCUUCAGGAACCAGUAGCUUUAACCAAGAGAACAAGAAACUCAAUGAGCAGCAGCCUCAACAACUGGCUCUUUCUUCCUGGGUAAGGAGAGGGGAGUGGGGAAGGACAGUGUCCCAAAGGGAAGUGGAGGCGCUAUCAAUCUGGCCUAGACAGGUAGGUUGACUGCUUUUACAUGGGUGGGUUGGGGCCUGGUCUGGGACCCUUGCUCAAAAAAAAAAAAAAAAAGCCCUCCCUCUCAGGAUCCCUGGGGACCCUGUGCGCGCAGGGAACUGUGUAAAACCUUUACUUUGGAAGGUAAGUGCAGCAGUCUAGGCAUCUGGGGCAUAACUUAAGCCUCCGCUACGCGUCCCCCACCCCCACCCCCACCCCCACCUGCCGGGGUCUAGGCGUUUCCCUCUGCAGGGCCUGGGGUGGACUCGUCUGCCAACUCGGCACUACACAGCUUCUCCAGCAGGGGGCGGAAAAGGGCCUGCAGCGACGCGCAGAACCCGAAUCCUCCAUUUCAGGUGUGAUGCUUAAGCCUCGGAUCAACUAACAGCCACACAUUUAAAAUCUCAUUUAGGGUUACCGGAGGACCAAAUGAACCUCCGGGUCUGGCAGUCUGUUGCCAUUUCCUCCCAAAUAUGCGUCGCUUCCUACCGCGCUCCGUGGCUUUGGAAGGCAUUUGCAUUUACAUGUGCGGUGAUUAUUUGAGUCACUAAUACACACAGCCUAACCAGGAGUUUAAUUGGAAAUGUUAAUCAAUGCAAUAGAUCUGUGUCUGAGUUCCACAUUUGGUCAAUUAUCUGCAGGUUGGAGCAAUCUGUGCUAAACCCAGGGGAUGCAAUGAGGAGCAAAACGGUGCAGCUACAGCUGGGUCUGAGUCUGGGAAACAUAAUGGGGAGAUGGACUUUGAAAACUGGAAAGAGAGUAACAAUUUACUGGUGGGAAGAGGAAAUCAUUAGAAAGGUGUGGUCACAGAGAGGCCUGAUUGCUGAGAUGGAAUAGGAUGGCCUUGGAACCCACAUGGUGGAGAGGGAGGCCAGAGUUUUUCUUUGAGUUUGGAAGGGGCUGAAUUUGGAGAGUGAAGAUUUUUAGGGGCCAAAGGACCAGGAACUGGGGUGGAAUGAACCCUGGGAGUCAGAAGUCAAGUGUUCUGGAGGGGUAGGGUCUGGUCUGGGACUCCCAAACACACUGUCCCAGACAGUGACAGUUUGGGACCCCGGUUGUGUUUAGGGGUUCCAGACAGUGUGUUUGCCCCUCUCUAGGCCUCAGUUUCCUUGUCUUUCAAACGAUGAAGUUGGCAGUAGUUGUUCUAUAGGGUGGUCCAUUUAUUCUUGGUAAUGAAGACAGGUCCACUAAAGUAUAGCCCUCUUCUUUCCCUGUCAGAAAAAUUACCCCUUCUUUUUUGUAUGCCCUCCAGUUUUGGGGAAAACAAUACAAAACAACCCACAACCACAUAUAUUUCAUCUCUUUCAACAGUGUGGCUUUACUUUUACUUCAGAUGAAUGGGGAACAGGAGGGAAAAGAGAAGUCCAAGUUAAUAAUCUGCUAGGGACCCUAUAACCAAGCCCCUGAAAGGUUCUGUGCGGGGGGGUCUCACAGACCUGAGGGGAUGGGUGAGUGGCAUAUAUUCACUAGUGGCCCUUACUCCCUAACUCAAUCUCAAAACAGAAAGUCUUGGUAUGAAGGUGAAGGAAAGGCCUGGCUUAGGUCAUAUAUCCUUUUCCUUCCUAUAUCUCCCUCUGAGCCCCAGGCACUUUGUGGAAUUCAGCACCUUAAAAGAAACACUAUCCUUAACAAUCAGCACAAUAGUGCCCUCUAGUGACCUCAAUGGGAACAAUUUUAAGAUCUCCCCCUGCAUCUCAGGGCCCAACCUGAUCGCCAGUGCCCUUGUGCAGUGGUUACUCCCUGUGGAGAAGGCUCCCAGUGCUUCCAACCAGCCUGACAGAGAAACUCAGCCAGCCACCAUUUCCUGCAAGUCCUUCUCCUUGCAUAUACGGAUGGGGCUGGGGAUUUACAGAGGGAGUCAGCUCCCCAUAACUUCCUCCCCAGUGCUGUUUCCUUUGGGCCUGAAAAAGGUUCCAAACCUCCUUUCCUAGACAUCUUCCGUGCUGAGCAAGACACUUGGCAUGGGAAGGCUCUAUGGUAGAGAGAGUAGUUGUCCGUAGCUUCCACCUACCCCCACCACCAAGAUGGCAGCCCUAGUCCCCAGACAGGGAUUCUGGCAGGAAGUUGGAAUGCAGCAAGGUGGCUGGGAGUGGAGUUGGGUUGGUGAUGGGUGUUGGGUACGUGCAAGAUGCGUGCACUGAUUUCUACCUUAGUCUCCAACAGGAGGCUGAGUCAUAGGUGCAUAACAAGGCGGUAUAGACAUACAACAUGAUAGAGGCACACAAUGCCCACAACACUAUGCAGACACACAGCAUGGCAUAGAGAUAUGACACAAUACGAAUUAGACACAUUGCACAUACACAAAGGAUAGAAGAGAUGCAAUUCACAUGCAACACAGUACAGACACAUAGCACUCACACAGUAGCUUAUUGACAUGAUCAUGUAUACAACGUGAUAGUAACAGGACACUGUACACACACACAGUAUUAUGCAGACUCAAUACAUACAUAUCAUGGUAGAUAUGACACAGCACACAUAUACAGACAUACAACAUGGUACAGGGAACUGCACAGAUACACAUGACCAAGUAUGCACAUGUGCUCACACAUCUCCCCUUGCCCUACUCUCAACACAACACACCGCCAGGCAGGUGAGAGGAGUGUGGCUACCAGAUGGAAUACCGUGUCCUGUCAGUUGAUUCUGCACUGACUCGAGCAAGUGGUGAAAUAAAGCCAGGCCACCAUGGAGUUAAAAAGUGGUGCUACAAUUGGGGCUGGGGAGAGGUGGAGGUAGGCUUCAGGAAAGCUCUUGAUCUUGCUCAAAAACAUGGAGAUUCUUGGUAGUACAGGUUGGGGGUGUGUCCUCCUCCUCUUACAUCCUCUAGUAUUGUUUCCCACCCCAAUGGGUGGAUGCUGCCUCUGCUGUCAGCCCUCAUCCCCAGAGAUGGGCAGGGGGCUUCUUGAGGCCAUUCUUCCUGUGCCCUCCUUGAGCCCUACCUCUCUCUGGAGCUUUGGCAGCUCGCACUCCUCUCCCCCUCACCCCACCCUCUUGCAGGGUGAGAUCUUGCAGGGUGAGCUCACGUAGGGAGGGAGGGGGCGAAUACACCAUUCAGUGGUGCAGUGGGUGGGAUUUGGAAAGGCUGCUUGGAGUGCGCGUGUGGGAAGCACACAUGGAAUGCCAGGGAUGCUGGGGGACAGAUAUGCUCUGGAGUCUUGCCCAAGAACAAGAGGCAGACCCAGAGUAUGGCUUGGACUUUUUUUUUUCCAGAAGGGGGAAUUGGAGAUCAUGGGGCUUUUCUUGGCUCCCUAAGGCUUCAAUUUUGCAAUCUUUGUGUUUAGAUAACCAUCUAGCCAUCUCUUUGGAUUAGGACCCUGUUCAUUCUGGUCUCUAAUAAAUAGGUGCUAGCCUGAAUCAUGCCUCCUUGAGUAUCAGCAUGUAGUUUCUGCUUUUCUUUGAGGACAAACACCACUGGGGGAAGGGGAAAGGAAAGCAGAGUAGGAAGGAUUGCAGAGCUUGAGGUUCUACAGAGAAGAUCAGCCUCUCCCUUGAGAGGCUCAAAUGAUUGUGGGAAAAGGCAGAAAGGGAGGGUUCAAAGAGACUCAGUCUCCUUCAUGGUUAGACGUGGAAACCUCUGUGGGAAAAAUAGGGUAAAUUAUCACCAAACAACAACAGUAAACAGUGUAUAUUCACCCUAAGAAACCUGGGGAGGACAGUGGAAGACUUACCUGGUGGAGAUAGGAGAAGGUGGAGGGGAGCUCCAAUUAGGAUCAGAGGCUGUGGCCUUUAGCACCUGUGAGAUGGUAGCAAAUUAGGAGACCUCAGAAUAUUGUUGCCUGUCAGACAGACUUUUUUUACCCUUCCCCAGUGAAAGGUUAGUGAAAAGGGGAAUGGAAAUGGAGGUGGAGACUUAGAGUUGAGGGAUGAACUGAACUGAACUGAACUGAACUGAAUUCAGUGCCACAACAUCAGGAAGCUUACAUAUUCAUGGAGCCAACUUGCAUUGGCCAUUGUCUCGUUUCCUUUUGUCCACUGGGCUCUACCACCUCCUGUGAUUAUACAUAUUGCUCCAUAAUUAUGCAAAUUAUGUAAAUAUUUCACAUCUGUUUUAUUUGAUUUAGUUCUCCCAACACUUAUCCAAGGCAACUAAGGCAGGCCUUUUCACUUGAUACCAAGCAGGCCCAGAAUGAUGAGGUUUCCCCCAAGAAAGAGCAGCUGAGUCCUUGCAUCUUGUGGCAGCUGGUGUGCCCAGCACUGAGUCUGUAGGAGCUGAAGCCAGCCCGGACCCUUCUCAUGGGCAGUGCCCACCUGUGCUGAAGUCCUGCAGCCGUGGCGGUGUGAGGAGCUGUGAAAUUGGUUGUAACUGAAAAUGUCUGACGGUCUGGAUAAUGAAGAGAAACCCCCAGCUCCCCCACUGAGGAUGAAUAGUAACAACCGGGAUUCUUCAGCACUCAACCACAGCUCCAAACCACUUCCCAUGGCCCCUGAAGAGAAGAAUAAGAAAGCCAGGCUUCGCUCUAUCUUCCCAGGAGGAGGGGAUAAAACCAAUAAGAAGAAGGAGAAAGAGCGCCCAGAGAUCUCUCUUCCUUCAGACUUUGAGCAUACGAUUCAUGUGGGGUUUGAUGCAGUCACCGGGGAAUUCACUAACUCCCCUUUCCAGACCUCUAGACCUGUGACGGUCGCUUCAAGUCAAUCAGAGGGAAAAAUGCCAGAUCUCUAUGGCUCACAGAUGUGCCCAGGGAAGCUCCCAGAGGGAAUUCCCGAGCAAUGGGCACGAUUACUCCAAACCUCUAACAUAACAAAAUUGGAACAGAAGAAGAACCCCCAAGCUGUUCUAGAUGUUCUCAAAUUCUAUGAUUCCAAAGAAACAGUCAACAACCAGAAAUACAUGAGCUUUACAUCAGGAGAUAAAAGUGCACAUGGAUACAUAGCAGCCCAUCCUUCGAGUACGAAAACAGCAUCUGAGCCUCCAUUGGCCCCUCCUGUGUCUGAAGAAGAAGAUGAAGAGGAGGAAGAAGAAGAAGAUGACAAUGAGCCACCACCAGUUAUCGCACCAAGACCAGAGCAUACAAAAUCAAUCUACACUCGUUCUGUGGUUGAAUCCAUUGCUUCACCUGCAGCACCAAAUAAAGAGGUCACACCACCCUCUGCUGAAAAUGCCAAUUCCAGUACUUUGUACAGGAACACAGAUCGGCAAAGAAAAAAAUCCAAGAUGACAGAUGAGGAGAUCUUAGAGAAGCUAAGAAGCAUUGUGAGUGUUGGGGACCCAAAGAAAAAAUACACAAGAUUUGAAAAAAUUGGUCAAGGGGCAUCAGGUACUGUUUAUACAGCACUCGACAUUGCAACAGGACAAGAGGUGGCCAUAAAGCAGAUGAACCUACAACAGCAACCCAAGAAGGAAUUAAUUAUUAAUGAAAUUCUGGUCAUGAGGGAAAAUAAGAACCCUAAUAUUGUUAAUUAUUUAGAUAGCUACUUGGUGGGUGAUGAACUAUGGGUAGUCAUGGAAUACUUGGCUGGUGGCUCUCUGACUGAUGUGGUCACAGAGACCUGCAUGGAUGAAGGACAGAUAGCAGCUGUCUGCAGAGAGUGCCUGCAAGCUUUGGAUUUCUUGCACUCAAACCAGGUGAUCCAUAGAGAUAUAAAGAGUGACAAUAUUCUUCUCGGGAUGGAUGGCUCUGUUAAAUUGACUGACUUUGGGUUCUGUGCCCAGAUCACUCCUGAGCAAAGUAAACGAAGCACUAUGGUGGGAACCCCAUAUUGGAUGGCACCUGAGGUGGUGACUCGAAAAGCUUAUGGUCCGAAAGUUGAUAUCUGGUCUCUGGGAAUUAUGGCAAUUGAAAUGGUGGAAGGUGAACCCCCUUACCUUAAUGAAAAUCCACUCAGGGCAUUGUAUCUGAUAGCCACUAAUGGAACCCCAGAGCUCCAGAAUCCUGAGAGACUGUCGGCUGUAUUCCGUGACUUUUUAAAUCGCUGUCUUGAGAUGGAUGUCGAUAGGCGAGGAUCUGCCAAGGAGCUUUUGCAGCAUCCAUUUUUAAAAUUAGCCAAGCCUCUCUCCAGCCUGACUCCUCUGAUUAUCGCUGCAAAGGAAGCGAUUAAAAACAGCAGCCGCUAAGACUGCAAGCCUUACACCUCACCAUCUCCCUCAUGAGUAAGACUGAAAUAAAACUCUGCUGCAGGAAAGAUGGAAGAAAAGACAGUCAAAUGGGGUGGGGGUUCUUUACCUUUCAAAUGAAUAGAAACUUCUUAUAAGCCUUUUUCCUACUCCCUCAGAUUAUGUAAUUUAUUUGUAAGCCUGAAUCGCAGCCCAAACAGGGCAGCAAUGUUGAAGUGACCAUAAAGUGGUCACUUCCACCGUGAAGCGAAAGAGCCAGUAGUGAAUCCCCUCAUUUUGUGCACUCACUUUGAAGAAAAAGGUUUCUCAAAGAUGCACACUCCCUCUUCAUAGUGUUGUGUUUGUUUUUAAGUUAGAGAGUAGUCCCUCUUGCAUUCAAACCUCCUUCAAAACUCCUUACCCAAUGUGAUGUUUUUCACUUGCAUUGUCAUUAGAUGUCCAGAAAAAAAAAAAGAUGUCAAAAUGUUUUUCUAAAAAAAAGAAAGCAAAAAAAGCAAGGCAAAAAAACAAAAACAAAAACAAAACAAAAAUAAACAAACAAACAAAAAAAUACCAGAGCAAGUACUGUGUGAACAUGUGGAAGUCCAUGCCCUAAUAGAGUUGCAAUUUUUUAUUCUUCUUCUGUAGUGGUGGCUUGGUUUGUGUACCUAUUUUUCUGCAUUUGUAUUGGAAAAGGUUUCUUUUAAGACAUUUUCCAAAAGUGGAGAGGAAUAUGUGUGUUCAGGAAGGGCUUUUUAAAAAGUGUAUAUCUAAAUAAAGCUCAAACGGUGAAAUCCUGUCACAUUUUCACAAUGAUGCUUAAAAGAUAGUUGAGUAAACCAGGUUGUUAAUCUCCUUAAUACCUGAAAGAGGACACACUGAAACUGUGACACCCUGCUAGGUGAGUUCUGGUUCUGAACCUAGGAAAUCCUCAUAGGAGAAACCACAUUUAAACAAAGAUGGGACUUUCUCUGAGAGCCAAAACCAGAUAAAUGUAGAAUACUGACAUCCUUGUCUGAUAUUAAGUAAACAAUGAUACCUAAAUUAAUCCUCUCUUGUGCUUAUGAAACAUAUGCACUGUAAAAUAGGCAUACCAGGAGGAAAUAGAUUCAUUAACCAUCAUUUACUUAUGAUACAAAUUAUUUAUUUUGACAAUUUAUAAUGUUUAAAAAAGUUUUUUAAAGAUCUGGAGAAAGGUGAUAUAAUAAACAGUCAACUCUGCAGGAAGUGGGAGGUCAGUGAAGGCUACAUCCCAAUCAAUAUUUGGCUCUAAGUACUUGUUCCCAUUUUCCCUAUGUAUCACCUAUUUCUGUUUCGGAAUAUGGUGUGUUCAUACUUAGUCCUUUGGGCUUUUGAAUAUCAAAAGCAUAUUCAUAAAAGUCUUGAAAUUCUCUCCAGUAGAAAAUAAUUUUAACUUACAAUAAUAUCCCAAGAAAUGUUAGUCCAACAGAAUUCCUUAUAUGGCUUGGGGAAAAUAACAAAAUUUGACUAUUAUUUCACCAUAUAUCUAUUUAUUAAAAAUUCAACAGUUGGCACUUUCUGAAUCUUCUGAGAGUAGAAAAGUAUCUGGAGGGUGUCUGUAUAGAAAAGGAUAUGCCUCUCUUUUGAGCGUACUGACAAUUUUGUAAAUUACAGAAAGUUGUUUCUCUAAGCCUUUGAAAAACUAACAAUUUGUGUUAUAGAAGGCUUCUUAAUUUGUAGUAUACAAAGAAUCUAAACAGAACCUAUGUACAUUCAGCAAGAAGGGGAAAGAGAUCAGUUACAUAGACCUCUCUCCUUCUUUGCCAAGGUACAUCCAUCCAUCUAACCAUCCAUGUAUCCACAUCUUAAAAUGAAAGCACUUUCUUUCGAGUUUCAGCAAACUAUAUAGUGUACGUGUUUAUGUUUAGGAGAUGACCCCACUGGUGUAUUUCCUGUUUUCCCUAUUGUUUUCUUUGACUGUAAAAUUUGGGAGAGACUUGACCUCCUCCCCUUGAAAAAGACCACAGUGGGAUAAAACAAUAAUCGUGAAAAGAAAAUGAAGUGGUAAUAUUAAUUUGAAGCAUACUAUGUUAUACUUUGCAAAAAGGAAUCUGGGCUUGUAAUUUUAAUGCCACACUGCUCUAAUGAGAGAGAGAGGCCUUAAUUUUGAUUUCAUUUAAAAAUAAGGACCUAAAAAAAUUUUCACUCAUAGUGCUGGGAAAUUCAAUGAAAUCCUGGGAUGCAAAUAAAAAUCAGUACAUUGGUACAUUGGUGACUGUGUCCUGCCAGUGGAGAGAGCCCAAAACCUGGUUAGGAAGCCCUAUUCAUCAGUUAGCAUCCCUUACAUGUUGAGAAGGCCUUUUUUGUUGUUAUUUUGGAGACCUUGGAGCAGUGACCCUUCAGAUCACUGUAGGCAGAGAAAUGGCUUCUCUCUUACGCUUUCAGUUCAGCAUAUUAACAACGAGGAGCCAGGUACUUCUUUCCUACCACUUUGUACCAAGAUUUGAUAAUAAUAUAUCCCAGGAGGGAUUACUUUUAUAAAUGUGUAUUUAUGUAAAUUUUCAAAUGAGAACAGCUUCUAAAGCCCCUUCCCUGUAUUGGAGAGUUAUGUAUAUUUCUAAUAAGUAUUAGAAAGAAGCUGUUUCUCGUGCCACAAUGAUGCUGAAGGAUUCACAUUUGGUACAAUCGAGCAACUUGAACUCCAGAUUGUUAACAGUUUAUUCUCUUUCCCUGGAUUGUUUUUAGCUCAUCUUGACACAGGUGAGUCUAUCCAAAUCUUUAAUGUUGGUAGUAUGCCCUGAGAUAACGAGGGCACAUCCUUCAAUGUUGAUUCCAAAAUAUCCUGAGAUAGGAAUAGGGCAGUGGGAAAGUCAGGGAAGGGUGAGAAGCACAGUAGAGAUUAUUUAUUUAAAAAAGAAAAGAACGUUAAUGUUGUUAGCAAGGAUCCAGUGCGUUGUCAUAAUCCCAUGAGGAUUUUCAGAUGACACAAUCCCUCAGAUCAGUCACCAUGUUGGGUAAUGACUUCGUUCUUGCUGAUCUCGUGUGUGUGUCAUUGUAAAUAUUUGUGCGUCCAUGUUCCAUUUUGGCCACUGGAUGGCCAACCCAUGUAAGAAGAUUUAACUCAAGUAUUUAUUCUUUAUGUUAUUCAGAUUUCUUUCAGGCUUGUGAAGUGCACCCCAAUGUUUGAGUUUAACCACCUGAUCCUUACAUCUAUCCCUCCCCGGUGAAGCACAUUCCAUUGCUAAAAGAAAAAGAAAUAUGAAAUUGCUUCCUGUUGUCUGUGUAACUGUUUUGAUAGUUUGAGAUGUUUGUCUAUAAAUGAUAUUUCUCAGCUCAAAGAUCGUGUAAAUAAUUAUAUUCCUUUGCUCAAUGGGUUGUUUAUUUCUAAUGAGGCUGCCAGUUCUGAGAGAUUCUAUAAUAUCACUUUUAAAUAACAUAAACAGGGAUUACAACUACAUAAAAAGAAAUGCAUAUGGGCAAAGACUGGGAACACAGAUAAUUGAAAUCAGUUAUAUUAGGGUGGUGGAAUUAUGUGAAUUUUUUUCUUUCUAAAAUUUUAUUUGAUAUUGUUAUAAUAUUGCUUUAUAAUAAAUAAACAGCAGAAGGGAAACUAUAGACACAUAGAAAAGAUGCCAGAAGCAGAUGCCUUCUGGCCAGAGCCCAGAGCAUGCAGGGCACAGAUAUUUGCUAGUUACAAUUAUUCCAUAGGCUUUAUACUUGCCUGGGUGCUGAGGUUGGCACACGCUUGGGUAUGGCACGUGCUUUCUUAGGAGACUAUUAUCUAUAAGUUAAAGCUAGGGAGAUGUCACUAUUAGAACUCCAAACACACUCUUCUGCUUUAAAACAGGCUGUCUGCCCUGUGCUUUGGUAUGGCAUUCGGGUGUCUGUUUUGUGGUUGCUUUAGAUUGGAGGGGUGACCAUUAUAUUAGCCCCCUUGAUAACAUCUGUUGCAGAUAUUACCUUUCUGGAACAUUUUGACAGACUCUCAGGUUGAAUUUUGGAGGAAUAGAAGGAUAAAAUCCCCAGCUCCCACCAUGUUCUUGUCCAACAGGAUAUUACUGUAUAUCAUUCAGGUAGGGUUCUUCUUUUAAUAACCAAUAGGGCAAGUCCCACUAAUUUCAUUAGAAGUUAUGACUUGUAAUUAAAAACUGACUUUGAAAUCAUUAAACAAAUAUUUAGGACUGUCUGCCUCUUGGCGUUCAGUUACAGUUCUAUUAAUUUAGACUUGGGAUGAUCUCCAUGUGCUUUUUUCUGCCUAUUUAUAGGUUGUAUACAGUAGUUGUGAUUUUUAAAGAGUAAGGGAGACCAUCUAACCAAAGGGGAAGAAUUUCCUUCUAACUCAUCAAAGAAAUUUUAGGUGAGAACUUUGAUAAUGAGGUAGUCACCUCAGAUAUGUUGCUUAGUUUCACUGAAAGCAGACCCUAUACCUAGAGAACUCACUGGCUUUUUACUGGUCGUUCUCAAUACAAAAAUACUUAGGGGAGUCUUAACCCUGCCAUCCCCAGUUGAAUCUCUUGGUCUUUAUCUAAGCUACUUGCAGUUAAUAUUCAGUUAAACAAAGGUAUGGCCAGUAGUGCAAGUAUCUCCCAGUCUCUGAGCUCUGAACAAGAGGACUGAAAUUCAGCAUUUGUAAACUGACAGUUUGAUGGGCCUGGGAUUUGAAGUGAACUCAGCAUACAGUUCUGAACAUAUAUUUUGCAUGUGGACUGGGAAGGAAAUAAAUGGGAACUUGGAAAUAAUGGAAAUAUUUCUCCUAUGAAAGAAUUUUUCAUAAAAGAUUUGUUUUUGAUAUAGUCUUUCUGUUGGUUAGCUUUUAGUUUUUUCAUUCCUUUUCUGAUCCACACUCCUUUAAGUGACCAAAUGAAUAUAACCCAACAUGCAUUGGGAAUGUGUUUAAUAUUAAACACUGUCUAACUGAAUCUGCAAAUGCAGGAACUGAGAUAUCACCUCCAUGUGUACACCUGUGUGUACAAGUAUUCUAUACAACUUGUAGCAUUUACUGCCACUUAAUUGGGUUGAACUUGCAAGAUAAACUUUUAGAAACUGCUUAGUGCCAUCGGAGUCUCCUUUAGAAGCUGCCAUCAGGCAAAUGCUAUCCCAUAAUACCAGCAGUAAGGCAGGCACAAUGUUCAACAGAUUUAGUACCCAAGAGUCAUAUGUAGUGGAAUAAAUACUAGCCUAGGAAGAAGGAGCCCUGGAGUCUUAAUAUGAGCUUUAUUACUAAAUUGCCAUGUGACCUUCGACAAGUCACUUAACCUCUCCAUGGCUGUUUCCUUAUCUGUAAAAUAAGUGUAUUGGACUAGAUAAUCCUUAGGGUCUUUCCAAAAGUCUAACAUUCUAUGGCAUUGUAGGUUGCCUUGAAAAUUCAGCCUGCUAUAGUGAUGGCAAAUAUCACAUGUUUAAGCCUGAGUCUCUUAUGUUGCAGUUAGAUAAAAGAAGUAUGUAAGAUGAUUUUUAAAAUUCAAGCAAAUGGGCUGGGUGCGAUGGCUCACACCUGUAAUCCCAGCACUUUGGGAGGCCAAGGCAGGUGGAUAACCUGAGGCCAGGAGUUUGAGACCAGCCUGACCAACAUAGAGACACCCCAUCUCUACUAAAAAUACAAAAUUAGCCGGGUGUGGUGGCGGGCGCCUGUUAUCCCAGCUACUCAGGAGGCUGAGGUGCGAGAAUCGCUUGAACCUGGGAGGUGGAGGUUGCAGUGAGCUGAGAUCAUGCCAUUGCACUCCAGCCUGGGCAACAAGAGUGAAACUCCGUCUCAACAACAACAACAAAAUAAAUCAAGCAAAUGAAGUUCAUAAUAAUAGGGGAUGUUGAUAAAAUUUGUGGCAGUCUUCCAAUUCGUUUACAGUUGUUUCAUUUUGUUUUUGUUCUAAUGUCCAUUUUCUGUUGACUGUUCCCAGUUUUCAUUUUCCAUACAGUCUGUAUGUAAAGUCUGGUUUUCCUUAAGCUGUGACCAGUAUUUGCUGCUAAAACAGAAACACACUGUCACACUUGCUAGAAUAUAACUGUGCUUGGGCUUCUCCUUUCCUGUGAAGUAGUGCUGGGCUUUCUAGAGUUCAAUUCUCAAGUGGCACAAGAUAGCAGAGCCCAUGCAUUUUAAUGGCUGAGACUAUUAAGAGUGAACCUAAACACUUACAAGUUGCAGAGAGAAAUGAAAAAGUAAGUACAUGCUAUUAGCAUUCAGAAGUGUUGACAAAUUCAUUUGUUGGGAACCAAAGAUAGCAUUUCUGAUGACAACUCCCACAGUGAUUGGCCAGUUGUAUGAUGAGUACACUGCUGGAAAGAGGGUAAACUGGGAGUUAGUUAGUGGAUGGUCCCAAUUCCCUGCCUACAGCAGAGUGCCAACCAGCCCUGAGUGCAAAAUUCGAGUUCAAUGUGUGUUCUUGUGUGUGGUGUGCUUUAUGGACCCGCAAAUACUAUAUUCAUUAUUGAUGAUAAGAUCUUCACAGAAUCCUGUAACUACUAAUGCAUUGAGUUUUUAAUCUCAGUACAUCAGCCAAGAGGAACCAGAUCACAGGGUAGUGAUGUCUACUGGGAUGAUACUCAUAACAUCUACACAAAACAAGUUGAGAAGGAUCCACAUUUUCAUUGUUUAUCAGAAUUGUAUCUCAAUUGGCUGAGCAUUACUUUUGUCAAAAUGUGUUAUCUGUAAACCAUGUGUAGUGAAAUUCUUCUGUAACUUUGGAUUAAAGGUAUUUAUGGUCUUUUUGUUUGUUUGAUUUUUAAGUAAGUUAUUUCUUUUGUCGACCUGCUGAUGGUAUGGUUCCAUCCUUCUGACCUCAGCAUCCAAUCUUUUUAAGGAUUUUUGUUUUCAAUAUUGUUAUUUUAAAUUGUGGUUGAAGCAAUAGAAAAUUGAAAUAUGGAUUGUGCAUGACUGUGUCUUGAGUGUAAAAAUAUUGCAGUUUGAAACUUGGACCUAAAGUAUUGCAAAUAAAAAUGACAAACAUCAA